UAAAUACACACCAAAAUACAAAAAGUGCAGUAUUCUGUAACGGAUAUCUAAAAGCUGACUACUGCCUGAGACAUGAGUGUGCCAGCUACUGCGGGCAGGGACACACAGGCGGCGCAGACAUGAGCGGUGUCCAGUUGUUGCUUGUAGCCAGUGUGCGAGGGGAGCGCCACUGAUGACGGGGUAGCGGUGAGGCAGCGCGGGUUAGGAGGAUAUAACUGCCCCCUUACACACCUUCCUGGCGAGAUCAAGACCAAUCUACCGCAAUGCAUCCCUCCCACUUGCAAAAGAGAAACAUGAACUGUGCGUAUAGCGUGUUGUCAGCUCGCGCUGACUCAUCUCCCGCCGGUAGAGGAGUGUCUGCCCGCCGGACACCCGGUGAGUCACCGCGCGCUCCGCCUCUGACGUCACGCCGCCCGGAAGCAAGUGGCGAGUAUAACCGCCCGCGCCACGGCUCCAGCACCAGUGUCGCCGCGACCACAGACAGCACUCUGCCUGCCAUGCGCACCUGGACGCUACUUGCAGUGGCAGUGCUUGUGCUGGCCACGUGGUCACACGUGUCUGAGGCGCUGUGCCCUCACUGCACGUGUCCCGCCCAGUACGAGCUGGUGUGAGCACGUGGCGUGAUGUGUGGUUGCAGUGGCAGUGCUUGUGCUGGCCACGUGGUCACACGUGUCUGAGGCGCUGUGCCCACACUGCACGUGUCCCGCCCAGUACGAGCUGGUGUGAUGUCUGGUUGCAGUGGCAGUGCUGGUGCUGGCCACGUGGUCACACGUGUCUGAGGCGCUGUGCCCACACUGCACGUGUCCCACCCAGUACGAGCUGGUGUGAGCACGUGGUGUGA